UAGCACACACAAUUCGUACACAAGCAGUCAAGCAAAGCAACAAACCGUACCGUGUGCAGCACCAAUGGUGCCUCCGGUGGCCGGCUCCAAGCCAGCCAUCUUCCUCCUCCUGGUGCUGGUGGUCGUCGCCCUCACCGCCGGCGGGGCCAGCGCGGCCACCUUCCGCGUCACCAACAUGUGCCCGUUCCCGGUGUGGCCGGCCGCCAUCCCGAGCGGCGGCGGCACCCUGCUCCAGCCCGACCAGACGUGGGUCUUCACGGUGCCCGCGGGGACCAAGGCCGGCAGGAUCUGGGGGCGCACCGGCUGCCUCUUCGUCGGCGACCACGGGCGGUGCGUGACCGGCGACUGCGCAGGCGCCCUGCGCUGCGAGCUCUCGGGGAGCACCCCGGCGACGCUGGCCGAGUUCACUCUCGGCGGCGGCGUCAGCGGCGUGGCGGACUUCUACGACGUCUCGGUGGUCGACGGGUUCAACCUGCCCAUGGACUUCUUCUGCGACAAGGACGGCGAGGCCCCGAUCCAGUGCAGGGACCCCGGGUGCGCCGACGGCAACCGCCGCCCCGGCGAAGGGAAGGUCCGCACCUGCAACGCCAACAGCGACUACAUCGUCGUCUUCUGCCCGAAUUAGGACUGGUGAUGAGUGACUUCCAAGUAUC